AAGGCAUCGCAUGCGCAGUCUUCUCGGCGCUCGCUUGCGUUGCGCCCGCGUCGCUCUGUCGGAAAAACGGUGCGUGUUUUGCGAAAACUAGUAAUAAUCUUAUAUAAAAUGAUGUUAUACCUCCUAACGUUACGGAGGCAGUUCCACGGGAAGUGAUAAACGCUCAUAAUGCCAGAGUGGACGGAUCAGUUUACCUUCACCAUACCGAUCAUCCGCUACACGAUGGAGCCCGAAGACCAAUCGGAGAGCGAGAGGCAGCAGCCCAUGACGAAGAAGAUGUCUCUGCUGACCCCUGUAAAGAUAGAGACUCCUGACAGCGGCAGGAGGAAUUCGGAGCCCACCAGAUAUUACAUUCCUCCUCAGUGCAAUAACAGACUAUCUCCCCGGAGUGCGAGGAAGCGUGAUAACAGGAGAAAUUCUAAGACUGAUUUGAAAGAUGAUUCCCCUCCCAAGGAUACUUUAGGCCCCAAGCCGUGUAAUUGUGAGGACUGUAGAGCGUCGAGUCCUCUGCCGCCAGGGUAUGGGCCUCAGACGCUGUCUCCUGGUUACGACCAAAUGAAGAGUUCGUUGUUAGAAGUGCCGUGGACAGAGGAUUACACCGAAGCUUCGAGUGAUGAUCUGAGCUCCGAGUGGGAUUCCGACGUGCCGGAGCCCCCGCGUCCUGUUCAAAAGCAAUCAGAAAGAUGGCGUAAACUCCGCAACAUAGUGCAGUGGACGCCGUUCUUCCAGACCUAUAAGAAGCAGAGGUACCCGUGGAUACAGCUAGCAGGGCACCAGGGCAACUUCAAGGCGGGACCCGACCAGGGCACGAUCCUGAAGAAGCUGUGCCCGCAAGAGGAGAUGUGUUUUAAGUUACUGAUGAAGGAUAUUCUGCGACCAUUCGUCCCAGAGUACAAAGGCCAAGUCACAUGUGAAGAUGGAGAACUAUACUUACAACUACAAGACUUGCUGAGCGACUUCGACUGUCCGUGCGUCAUGGACUGCAAGAUCGGCGUGCGGACAUACCUCGAGGAGGAGCUGGCCAAGGCCAAGGAGAAGACCAAGCUGAGGAAAGAUAUGUACGAAAAGAUGAUCCAGAUAGACCCAAAGGCACCUUCCGAUGAGGAGCACCGGAGCAAAGGAGUCACCAAGCCUCGAUACAUGAUCUGGAGAGAGACCAUCAGUUCCACGUCGACUCUUGGCUUCAGGAUCGACGGGGUGAAGAAGGCUGACGGCACCAGCUCCAAAGACUUCAAGACCACGAAGACUAGGGAGCAGAUAGUGGAGGCGUUCAAAGAUUUCACCAGCAGCUUCCCAAAUUCUGUGCCACGAUACCUAGAGCGCUUAAAGAGCAUCCGCGCCACCGUCCAGGAAUCUCACUUCUUCCGCACCCACGAGCUCAUCGGCAGCUCCCUUCUCUUCGUCCACGAUCAGCGGCGAGCCUCCAUCUGGAUGAUAGACUUCGCCAAGACCGUCCCCGUCCCAGAAAACGUCAACAUCGACCACAACUCCGCCUGGAAGGUCGGCAACCACGAGGAUGGCUACCUCAUCGGACUCAAUAACCUCAUCUCCAUCUUCGAAACCCUCGCCAAAGACGGAAUCGACCUGCCCAGAGAUAGCUACACCAACAUCAAACUAGAUCUCGAUAACGUCCGACAAGACCGCUUAGCGACUUGAUUGAUAGCAUCUCUCAAUUGAAAGAGACUUGACAUAAUCUCCAUACGUCUGUAUGGACUGAAUUUAAUUCUACGUUUCGAUCACGUACGACGAUAUUGUAUAUUGAUUUGUAAAUAGCGUUAGUAUUAUAAACCGUACUGUAUUAUUAAGUUUUGAAUACUCAAACUAGUUUGUACGUAAUUCACCACCAAUAAAUAUAGUUUGUUUUGGAAUUAAUGUAGAGUAUAUUUUUUGUAAAUAAGCUAGACUCAUGGACUGCCAUAGAAAUGUAAUUCAGUUCUGUAUCGAUCAACUUGACUGUGUUAAAUUAAAGUUUCACAAAUACAUAAAAGUUAUUGAUUUAAAAAUUGAAGUUAAUUGUAUUUAAAUAUACGAAUGUAAUUGAGAAUUGUCAAAUAAAUCUUAUUUAUUUUGUUGUAAAUACACUAUAUUAGUGUAACGCCUAGAAUUAGUUUGUAUGGUGUAUGUGUGUCCUUUUUACGAAAGAAGGGAUGCGGAUUGCGGAAUUUUAUAGAACUAAAUAU